ACCUGCGCUUAAUGCGUGAUGACCGAUGAGUGUGUAUAUUGAGAUACCCGCAUCGUGCCAUUACCAUGACUAAUUACUGAGAAUGCAACGCCACAUUAUUAGAGUGAAUUUUAUAACCAUCCAAAAUUUUAAAAUGACUGCCAAGAAAGGAACUGGGCAAACGUAAUCAUAUAAUGGAUCUAAUAAAGUUGCCAAGAAAGAAAAUGGGCAAGGGUAAUUAUUAAUUGAUCCAACGCAUAAUAAUAAUUCCCCCGGUAAACAGUAACCACGGAGGCAUGCGGGCGGAAAUUUCGUGAGGAACAGUGCCUCAUACUUGCGUUGUUAAUUAAUUAAUUUUCAAUUUGUAAUUCAUGUUUGAUUUGAAAAGUGUGGUAAACAAAUCCUACCCUAAUUUUUUUUUCUUCUUAAUAUCGGGGAACCACUUAUCUGUAGUUGUCAUUAAGAUGAUGUAUGUUAAACCAUCGACCCAGGUCGACAAUCAUCAAUUGGUUCUUUGUUACUUGGCCGGAUCAUGGACCGGAUCAAUCACAGCUGGGCUAAGCCUCCAUUUGCAUAGAGGUAGCAACGUAGCGAGUUUGGCGGAUAGUGCAUAUCCAUUAUCCUGUACAACGAACAUGUUAACAUUCAAAUGUAACAGUUUUCGCGGUUUGAAUUUGUUUUUCAAAAAGGCACUUUGCGGGCUGGAUGAUUACGGGAAGCUCAGAUCAGUGCAGAAGAGGACAUGGCAGAGAUCUCCAACGAGGAUUCCCAAUUGCGAGAACAUGCAAGCCCGGAUUCGAUGCAUAGCUUUUCCAGGUCAAUGGCUAGGCAUUGUUCAUGAAAAUAGCAUGUGGAAUGGCUCAGGUGAGUAUCAUGCUCAUGCCUGCAUUCAUUCGAUUAUAUUAUUCGACUUUGUAUUGAGAUUCGUUGAUAUGCCAUAAAUAUGCCUUGACAUUAGUGCAGCGUUCAGUACUGGCCAACUGGCAUCUCGAUUUUCUGCUACCAUGUGCACAUUCUCAGUCAACAUUUAGAUAUCCCCACCGCCACCGGGAUCUUGAUCAAGCCGAUUAUGUAGAGUAAGUGGGUUUUGGAUCAUAAUCCUCUCUUGUGCUUUCUGAAAACCAUCUGAUCCCAUUUUCUUGCAUCCUCUUCCUUCCCAUUUUGCCUUUGGACUCCUUUUUCUUCAAAAGUUCUCUGCCAAAGAUGGCAUUUGCUGCUGCGGAAGCGAUCCUCAAGAAGUUGGCUCCCCUUGCUGCUGAGCAAGCAGGUCUCCUCUGGAGCUUGAAGAGCGAUUUCCUGAAACUGAAGAGCACGGUUUCCUCCAUACGUGCUGUGCUAUUGGAUGCCGAGAAGCAAUCGGGCGAGAACAAUCAGGUUCAAGACUGGCUCGAUAAACUGAAACAGGUGCUUUAUGAUGCUGAUGACUUGCUGGAUGAUUUCUCCACGGAGGCCCUGUUGAAGCUGCGGAGGAAUGAUGGGAAUCGCUGUCUGAACGAGGUAUGCCUCUUCUUUACGCGUUCCAACCAAUUGGUUAGUGGUCUUGUGAUGGCACAUCGGUUGAAGGCCAUCAGGAUCAAGCUGGAUGAGAUUGAUGAGAAUCGGAGGAAGUUUAAUCUUGAAACGCGCUUCCAAGAUCCGGCUGCUGCUGCGAUCAAGCGCGAGAGGCAGACCGACUCUUUUGUUCCCUAUGGAUUUGUUGGGAGAGAGGAAGAUAGCAAGAAAAUAAUUGCUAUGUUGUUGUCAUCGACCAAUGAUGAGCAGAAAAUCGAGGUUAUUCCAAUUCUUGGAAUGGGUGGUCUCGGAAAAACUGCUUUGGCUCAGUGUAUCUACAAUGAUGAGACUUUGUCUACUUAUUUUCAGUUGAAAAUUUGGAUAUGUGUUUCGGAUAAUUUCGAUCAAGUACUAUUGGUCAGGAAGAUGUUGGAGUCUAUAACCCGACGUAAAGUAGAAGAUCUUGACUUGGACAUCUUGAAAGGGGAACUUAAGAAGGAGAUGGAUAAUAAGAGGUUCUUGUUAGUGCUGGAUGAUGUUUGGAAUCAUGGUGGCUACAAGGGCAAUUGGGAUAGCUUGAUGAGUUUUUUGUUGCAGGUCGGGGCAGUUGGUAGCAAAGUUAUCGUCACUACUCGUCUUGAAGAUAUCGCGAAUCACUUUGCAACGAAGGGGAUUAAACCACACAACCUAAAAGGUUUAUCUGAGAAAGAAUCGUGGUUUUUGUUUGAACAAAUAGCAUUCGAGGGUGAAGUGGAAGGUGGUGAAAGAUUUGUAGACAUAGGAAAAGAGGUCAUGAGAAAAUGUGUGGGAGUUCCUUUGGCCAUAAGGGUGAUUGCAAGUGCCCUAUCGUCUAAGAGCAACAUUGUUGAUUGGGAGGCUAUAAGAGAUAAACAAGCAAUGUUUGAUGGGGAUGACGAGAGAAAGAUUUUGGGUACUCUUAGAUUGAGUUAUGACAACUUGCCUUCUGAAUUGAAACCGUGCUUUGUCUAUUGCAGUUUGUUUCCGAAAGAUUCUGAGAUUGAUGUGAAAUUGUUGGUGCAACUUUGGAUGGGGCAAGGAUUUAUCAACUCUAGUCAGUCGUCAUCGGUUUUAUUUGAAGUCGGGAUUGAAUAUUUCAAGAGUUUGCUGUCUAGGUUCUUUUUCCAAGAGCCAGAAAGUGAUCAAUGGGGGGAUGUAUAUCAGUGUAAGAUGCAUGAUUUGAUGCAUGAUGUAGCCCUGGGGAUUGCAAGUGAGGAGAUCGUAGCUUUAAAAGCUUUAGAUUCGAUGGAAGGUUGUGUCAAUUCUGAUAGGCUUCGACACAUAUCAUUUGAUUUUGAAAAAAAACGGACAGAGACAUGGAAAGCUCCAGAUGCGUUGGCUAGUGCAACAGUACUACGAACUUAUCUUCCUAUAAAUAUGCCUUUUGUUGGUAUGGGUUGCAGCGAAGAGCUUAAUUGUGAGAUGAUCUUCUCAAAUAAUACUAGGCUGAGAGUUUUAAGUCUCCACCGUGCUAAACUGGAGCGUGUGCCCUGCUCCAUCCAUAACUUGACACAUCUCAGGUACCUAAAUCUUUCUCACAAUCCUAUGGAGGUGCUCCCCGACGAGAUUACGGUACUAGUAAAUUUACAAGUGCUCAUACUUGAUUCUUGUGAGAAUCUCAAGCAAUUGCCUAGAGAUAUUGGGAAAUUGACUGAUCUCAUGUUUCUUAGCCUCGUUUGGUGUUCGAGUUUGAAAGGGUUCCCACUUGGGAUCGGGCGGCUCACUCGUCUGAGAGAAUUGUCCAUAUUCAGUGUGCCAGCUGCAUCAUACUAUUCACAUGGUGCAGUUGCUGCUAGAAUCAGCGAGCUGGAGCAUCUCGACAAUCUAAGUGGGAAAUUGAAGAUCAUAAAUCUGGAAUUGGUGAAAGAUGAUGCUGAAGCGAAGGCAGCAAGUUUGUUUCGGAAGCAACAUCUUCAAGCCUUGACAUUGGAGUGGAGCUUACCGAGACGAGUUUUUGCUGGCAGGGAUGUUGGGGUACUAAAGGCGUUGGAGCCACAUAAUAAUUUGAAGCAACUAGAGUUGGAUGGUUAUUGCGGUCGCAGUCUACCUAGCUGGUUCUCUACUACUCUCCAGAAUCUGAUUCAAUUGACAUUGUCUAGUUUAGGUCGCUUAAAGUACAUAGAGGAUGACGCUGGACAGUUUCUUCCAUGCUUGAAAUCUCUCCGCAUUCGCAACUGCCCCAGGCUAAUAAGCUGGAGGUCAACCACAGAGAUAGAAAUGCCGCAGUUCCCUUCUCUUUCACAUCUCCGCAUUGAAAAUUGCCCGAAACUGGUACGGCUUCAUCAUUUUUCGGCGGAUAUUGAAAGGGUUGAUUUAAGAUAUGUUGACCGCAAACUGUUGGACCAGUUUGUUGCCUCACUUCCACCACCCAGCUCCCCUUCGCGGCUCCAAGAACUGACAAUCUCAAAUAUAAGAGGCCUUCGAAUUUUUCCGCAAGGUUUACUCUCACAUCUUGCAUCCCUUGAAGUUUUGCGGAUAGGGGAUUGCUGGAAUCUAACGAAUCUGUCUCCACCAGCUACUAGUCAACAACAACAUCUCACUUCCCUCCAGUUCUUUGUCCUACCAAACCUCCGUCGCUUUGAUAUCUGGGGACUUCCAGGGAUGAAGAGUCUACCAGAGUGGCUUCAGCAUUCCUCUAACUUGCAGAUGUUGUGGAUAGAUAGGUGUGGCGGUCUCAAAUGCUUGCCAAAAUGGCUUCCCAAGCUCACAACACUAGAUACUCUGAGAGUAGAAGACUGUCGUUUUCUAACAGCCAGCUUGAAGAGUAGAACGGCCGAGGACUGGCCCAAAGUUGCUCACAUUCGGAAGAUUGAUAUUAAUUACACCACCGUUCAAGCGGAUGGUAACUACGUGAGAGUAGAAGAACCUGCAGACGAAAACCAACUUCAAGAACAAGAAGCAAGUGAAGAAGAAGAAGAAGAAGAAGAAGAAGAAGAAGAAGAAGAAGAAGAAGAAGAAGCUAGCGAGGAUGAGGAAGAAGAAGACGAUGAUCAUGAGGGCGAGCUCGAGGAAGAAGCAGAAGCAGAAGGACUACCCCUGGGCAUUCCGUCUCCAAGGUACCUUAUUCUUAACUACUUUAAGGAACAUAUUCUUUUGAACUAAUAUAAAAGCGGUCUCCUACAACGUUCCUUUAUUUUUGUCACUGCAGGAUGUGGUCAUAUUGCAUUGCGAGAUUGACUUGUAACCUGUUCCAAAGAUGCUUGCUGGGCUAGUUACCAAACGUUCUCUCCCGGGUAUUUUGAUGCAUACACACGAGACUUAUCGCAACCUGCAUGCAUAUCCGACAAACUAGUGAUCACAUCGCCGUCUGCAGAGUUAUUUGUGAGACCUCUGUGGCGUACAAGCUUGUUCUCUUGGACCAAAUUAGACAAUUUAAUUCCAUGUCUCUUGACAAUAGUUGCAUCUUGCUUGUUUUCUACCAGCUUGAACUUCCACCAUGUGGGGACUAGUUCUGUUCUUAUCUCUUUCUUUGUAACAUUUGUUGUAUUUUGGAGUUGUGUUCCUUUUGCGCCUGGACAAGAAUUUUUCAGUGAAGAAGAGGAGGAAGAACUGCCCUUGGGCAUUCCGUCUCCAAGGUACACUCUUCUUAACGAUAUCGAUGAACAUAUUCUUUGAAACAAAAAUAAAAAGCGGUCUCCAACAUUCUUUUAUUUUUAUCACUGCAGGAUGUGGUCAAUGUAUACACACCAGACUUAUUGCAGCUUCCAUGAAUAUCCGGCGAAGUAGUGAUCACUAUCGAAGUCUGCACGUUCAUUUCGUUCUAUGUUUCUUGGCAAUAGUUGCAUCUUGCUUGUUUUCAAUCAGCUUGAACUACCAUCCUGUCGCACUAGUUUUGUGUUUUUCAUUUCGUUCUCGUAAACUUUGUAAUAUUUUGGAGUUGGGGCCUGCUAGUGAGCGAUUUUGUCAUAAUGUAGCUGUCACUCUUGAAGUAACAGAUUCAUUUGCAGCAGCAAACUCCUCAACACUGUCUUCUGUUGUGUUCUUACAAGCUCAGUCUGGCAUAGUUUGGUAAUGGCGAAACUUCAGUAUACUUGGUCAGUUGGUGGGAGAUUCAGAAUAAGUUAUCUGCUAUCGAGAAGACGUUUCUAGCAAUAUAAACAAGAAGAGGGUAAAAACAGUGAGAUACUCCACCCUGUAACUUCUUUUUUAACCUCUGAAACAAACCUUCUCUCGACUUACUACCAGCAAUCUCCAAUCUUUCCACGAUAUAAACAAGCAGCAGCAGUGUGCUCGCUGAACUGCUUCAAAAGUGUAAUGGCAUCAUAGCUUAUGUCCCCCGGGCUCAGAAGAUAUCCCAUAUCCUGAAAAGAUGAAGUGAUUGAUAUGUUCAUGUUUGUGAUUGCUUGUGGUUGGCACAUUUGGGAGCGCUUUCGCAAUGUCUUCAAAACUCGUACUAUUUUCACGUCGAUGUGCAGUACCAGUACCUCGACGUGCUAUAUCUCAAGUCCCAAUUGGUUCCCGUCUACUCCCUUGUGAAUUUCAGCAUGAUGCAUCUUCUUCACAACUCAGAUCGGAUUGGCGACUAGUAAUGUCCUGUUGUAAUACACACGUACGUGGAUACACACAGAACGACUCAGCUAGUUCGUUUAUCGGUAAAAAUAUAAUCAAUCUUCAAAUAUGCACGUACGAGACGGACUCGACACCUUUAAAAUCAAGCAGGAGCAUUUUU